UGCGGCGCGGAGGUUGCGGGCAGGUGGGGAUCCGUGGCGCUGGGUUGAGGCGUGUGGGGCGCUCCCUGCACCCACGUCCCCACCUCUCUGCCGCCCUUUGUCUCUGAGCUCCUCCUUGCCCCUUAGAGCCGUCGCCUCCGCUUUUCUCCGGGUCGUUCUGUUUUAGGGAUGUAAGAGGCUCCAAGAGGUAGCCAACACGUCUCGUCAUAUCGAAGUGUCUGGAGGUUGGGAGAACCGAGUGGGAAAGACCCAUCCUCACCCCUCACCCUGUAGAGACUGGGGACACUAGAAGGGACAUUUUCUGAGCAGGAAACCCAAGAGGCUUCUCUGUUUCCCGCAGAUAGACCAUGAGCAGCCAUGGCAACAGCCUGUUCCUGCGGGAGAGCGGCCAGCGGCUGGGCCGGGUGGGCUGGCUGCAGCGGCUGCAGGAAAGCCUGCAGCAGCGAGCACUGCGCACCCGCCUGCGCCUGCAGACUAUGACUCGCGAACACGUGCUGCGCUUCCUGGGCCGAAACGCCUUCAUCCUGCUGACGGUCAGCGCCGUGGUCAUCGGGGUCAGCCUGGCCUUUGCCCUGCGCCCAUAUCAGCUCACCUACCGCCAGAUCAAGUACUUCUCCUUUCCUGGAGAGCUUCUCAUGAGGAUGCUGCAGAUGCUGGUGUUACCUCUCAUUGUCUCCAGCCUGGUCACAGGUAUGGCAUCCCUGGACAACAAGGCCACGGGGCGGAUGGGGAUGCGGGCAGCUGUGUAUUACAUGGUGACCACCAUCAUCGCGGUCUUCAUCGGCAUCCUCAUGGUCACCAUCAUCCAUCCCGGGAAGGGCUCCAAGGAGGGGCUGCACCGGGAGGGCCGGAUCGAGACCAUCCCCACAGCUGAUGCCUUCAUGGAUCUGAUCAGAAAUAUGUUUCCACCAAACCUUGUGGAGGCCUGCUUCAAACAGUUCAAGACGCAGUACAGCACGAGGGUGGUAACCAGGACCAUCGUGAGGACAGAGAACGGGUCUGAGCUGGGUGCCUCCAUGCCUCCUCCAUUCUCAGUGGAUAACGGAACCAGCCUCCUGGAAAAUGUCACUCGGGCCUUGGGCACCCUGCAGGAGGUGCUGAGCUUUGAGGAGACUGUACCCGUGCCUGGCUCCGCCAAUGGCAUCAACGCCCUGGGCCUCGUGGUCUUCUCUGUGGCCUUUGGGCUGGUCAUUGGUGGCAUGAAACACAAGGGCCGAGUCCUCAGGGACUUCUUCGACAGCCUCAAUGAGGCUAUUAUGAGGCUGGUGGGCAUCAUUAUCUGGUAUGCACCUGUGGGCAUCCUGUUCCUGAUUGCUGGGAAGAUUCUGGAGAUGGAAGACAUGGCCGUCCUGGGGGGUCAGCUGGGCAUGUACACCCUGACCGUCAUCGUGGGCCUGCUCCUCCAUGCUGGCGGCGUCCUUCCCCUCAUCUACUUCCUCAUCACUCACCGGAACCCCUUCCCCUUCAUUGGGGGCAUGCUACAAGCCCUCAUCACUGCCAUGGGCACGUCUUCCAGCUCAGCAACGCUGCCCAUCACCUUCCGCUGCCUGGAGGAGGGCCUGGGUGUGGACCGCCGCAUCACCAGGUUCGUCCUGCCCGUGGGCGCCACGGUCAACAUGGACGGCACUGCCCUCUAUGAGGCCCUGGCUGCCAUCUUCAUUGCUCAAGUUAACAACUACGAGCUCAACCUGGGUCAGAUCACAACCAUCAGCAUCACAGCCACAGCGGCCAGUGUUGGGGCUGCUGGCAUCCCGCAGGCGGGUCUGGUCACCAUGGUCAUUGUGCUCACGUCGGUCGGCUUGCCCACGGAGGACAUCACGCUCAUCAUCGCCGUGGACUGGUUCCUUGACCGGCUUCGCACAAUGACCAAUGUACUGGGAGACUCAAUUGGAGCAGCCGUCAUCGAGCACUUGUCUCAGCGGGAGCUGGAGCUUCAGGAAGCUGAGCUCACCCUCCCCAGCCUGGGGAAACCCUACAAGUCCCUCAUGGCACAGGAGAAGGGGGCAUCCCGGGGACGGGGAGGCAAUGAGAGUGCUAUGUGAGGGGCCUCCAGCUCCACCCCCCAAGAGAGGAGGGAAGGGGCCUGGGGAGGGGAGUCCUGGGGACACAUCUGCCGCCCAGCUGACCGUGGGCUGAACACACAUGUUCUGCUUGACUCGUUUAAGGGGGAGGGAAAAGUGUAAUAAAGGAGCAGGAAUGAAAGGU